CUUUCACCCUUCAACAGGUACUCUGAACAUGUAGCAGAACUGUUUUUUCUUCAAUCCGGUGGUACUAUGAUGGAAUAUCCUGUAUGGAGAAAGAAACCUCACACACCAGCGUUUUUAAAUUUUAUGCGCACGUAUAAGCUAGAACCAUUAUCAUCCAACCUGGAAGAAGCAGGAGAAAUACUUAAACAACAAUCAAAUCGCUCGCUGUCGUUGUCGACAAGCGCAAGUGCAUCCAAUCUACCACAAGGAGCGGAAAUCAAGAUUCCCGGCGUGGGAGCAACCCCAGUAGCUGUGUCAACCCAACUACCAGCCGCGGUGGCUCAGCUGAGUCAACAGGGCGGCACUCCAAUUCUACCGGAUCCGAUUGGCAUCGGAGCCAGCACAACCAUUGAGCGGAAGAAACAUCUUUCGGUUAGUAGUUCCGGCGGAGCAGCUGCAUCGCCUAUCCUUGGUAUAUCUAUGUUGACCGGGGUCGCUGCUGCCGGGUCGAAUGGGGCUUCAGCUUCCGGAAGUGGCAACAGCUCAGGAAAUUCCAGCCAUCAGCAGCACAAUGGAACCUCAUCAAACUCAGCGGCUGGAGGAGGUGGAGGUGGAGGCAACAGUGGUGGUGGGGGUGGUGGAAACGGGGGGAACGGACAAGAUCAGUAUACCAACAAGGCUAAACAGGAAGUAUACGUAAUGCAGCGGAUACAGGAGCUCCAGAAGGAAGGUCUAUGGAGCGAAAAGCGGUUACCGAAGGUGCAAGAGCCACAGCGGCCAAAGGCACACUGGGAUUAUCUGCUGGAAGAAAUGGUCUGGUUAGCUGCCGAUUUCGCCCAAGAACGAAAAUGGAAGAAAGCAGCUGCGAAAAAGUGUGCACGAAUGAUUCAGAAACAUUUUCAGGACAAAGCUAUGGCUGCACAGCGUGCGGAAAAAGCACAAGAGCUUCAACUAAAGCGUAUAGCCGCGUUUGUUGCCAAAGAAAUAAAGAUCUUCUGGGGUAAUGUCGAAAAACUCGUUGAGUACAAACAGCAAACCAAGCUGGACGAAAAACGAAAGAAAGCUCUCGAUCAGCAGCUCAGCUUUAUUGUGGAUCAGACUGAAAAAUACUCUCAGCAGCUGGUAGAAGGCAUGAACAAGACCCCAGCAGUGACGGAUCGGAAUACAAGCAAAGCGAACAGUCUAAACUCAAGUCGAAUAUCGUCACCACUGCCGAAGAAUGCUUCCGACGAUGAAUUUCAACCGGAUAGCGAAAAUUCGGACGACGACGAAGAAACAAUCGCGAAAGCAGAGGCGGAAGCAACUGGAACUAAUGAAGAAGUUGCAGCUCUGCAGAAAGAAUCAGAAAUGGAUCUCGAUGAUUUUUUGAAAAACCUUCCCAAGGAUUAUCUUGAAAAUCGGGACAAAAUUGUACUAUCGGAACCGGAGGAGAGUGGUAAAGAAAGUGAGGACAACGAUAAAGACUUUUCCGCCGAUGAAGAUAGUGUUGACGACGAGGACACCAUUAUGGAACAGGAGAAGCAGGAAAAGAACGAAGAUCACAAAAAAGAAAUAGAUGAACUAAAUGCCGAAAAUGAAAUGAGUAUAGAAGAGCUAAUGGCAAAGUACAAACGUACACCGGAUGAGAAAAUGGAAGUAGAUUCAGAUGACACUGAAAGUGAAUCGGAGAAAGACACGGAAUCAACUUCCAGUGAACAGGAUUCGAGUGACGAAGAUCUUUCGUCGGAUGUAGACAUGGAAAAAGAUGAUCAGAGAGACAAUGAAGAUAUUGGCUUGAAAAACCUGCUUGACGAAGAAAUUGCUAGUAAAAGUCAAAGCGAAAAGGACGAAAUGUUGAAUGAUGCGGCAGCAAUUGCCGAGAGUAUUCAGCCGAAAGGUAACACGCUCUCCUCAACUAGUGUCGUGACACCGAUACCGUUUUUGUUGAAGCACACCCUUCGAGAAUACCAGCACAUCGGUCUGGACUGGCUGGUAACUAUGCACGAUCGUAAGUUGAACGGAAUUCUGGCCGACGAAAUGGGUUUGGGCAAAACAAUCCAAACUAUUUCUCUACUGGGUCAUCUGGCUUGCAUGAAGGGCAACUGGGGUCCGCAUCUGAUUAUCGUACCCUCCUCAGUUAUGUUGAAUUGGGAAAUGGAGUUCAAGAAAUGGUGUCCGGGUUUCAAAAUACUUACGUACUAUGGCUCCCAAAAAGAGCGGAAGCUUAAAAGGACCGGUUGGACAAAAGUGAACGCAUUCCAUGUGUGUAUAACCUCGUAUAAGCUAGUGAUUCAGGACCACCAAAGCUUCCGACGGAAAAAGUGGAAAUAUUUGAUUCUAGAUGAAGCGCAAAAUAUCAAAAAUUUCAAGUCACAGCGAUGGCAACUGCUGUUGAAUUUUCAAACAGAACAGCGUUUGCUGUUAACGGGAACACCGUUGCAGAACAACCUGAUGGAGCUGUGGUCGCUGAUGCAUUUUCUGAUGCCUCACGUGUUCCAGUCGCACCGGGAAUUCAAGGAAUGGUUCUCCAAUCCCAUGACCGGAAUGAUUGAAGGCAACUCGGAGUACAACGAGACGAUAAUCAAGCGCCUUCAUAAGGUAUUACGGCCAUUCCUGUUGCGCCGGUUGAAAUCCGAGGUAGAAAAACAAAUGCCAAAGAAGUACGAACAUAUCGUCAUGUGUCGGCUGUCCAAGCGACAGCGAUUUCUUUAUGACGACUUUAUGAGUCGUGCAAAAACAAAAGAAACCCUCGCAUCCGGUAAUUUGUUAAGCGUGAUCAAUGUGUUGAUGCAGCUGCGAAAAGUAUGCAACCAUCCUAACAUGUUCGAGGAACGUCCCACGAUUUCCCCAUUUCGAAUGGAAGGAAUUAGCUUCCGGACAGCUUCGCUUGUUUACAAUAUGCUCAACUAUGACCCUUUUACCCAAAUUGAUUUGUCUUCCCUAAACUUAGUGUUACUGAGGCUGGAACUAGUGUUGUCCGCUUAUGUGGCACAUCGUGCGCAAAGGCUAUGCUUGUCGAAGCGGCUUAUAGAGGAAAUCGAUAGCACCCCAGAGCUUCCACCGCGCUGUCCAACGGGAAGACUGAAAUUGCACGUCCGAGUGCCUAAUCAAACGGUACAGGAAACUAUCAGUAGCAGCACUGGCGUGAGAGUUGGCACCAGUCCAGCAAUGAAGACUGAAGGAACGCGCUUUGUUCCGAUUGUAAAUUCGUCACUAGUAGAUAGGAAACCCUUGAUCGAAGAAAUCAGUUCGCAACCAGUGGCAGCGACAACGAUUCAGUUAGACGAUUCUCAGUCGUCGAAUGUUAAUUUACGAAAACGAUGUGAUAUGACUAGUGGUAGUAAUAUUAGUAGUAAUAGUAAUAACAGUAGUAAUACUACGAGUAACCGAGUUGGUGCUGGGCACGUUGCACAAAUAGUGCACACAACCGCUGGUAGGCAAAUCAUUUUAACAACCAAUACUAGUGGGCAAGUAUCGGGUACUACGGGCACUACGCUACUGACGGCUAGCGGACAGCGUUUGACACUUGUGAAUCGAUCAGGUGUGUCGAGUCACAUCACUAGGUUACCUACCGUCCCCAGACAAUUGCCAGUGCAACCAAACACACAGAAUGCAGCUACAGUAGCAAUCCCAAUAUCUUCGACGCUGGCGACUUCCAUUGUGCAACAACUCAAGCACCAUUCCUAUUCGUCUACUGCCAAUUUAACUCCGGAGGAGCUGGAACGGAAAGUUCGCACUGAAUUCUACCUAGCUAGCGUAGAAGAAUCUCGUAAAGAACGAAGAGGUCAAAUUUUGGAACUGCUCGGUGGAUGGAAUCAGAAGCGCUGUGAUUCUGCACCUAUAUAUGGGGAAGAUUUGCGUGAAUCUGUUAGCAGAAUUUGCGGUGAAAGCUUUACGGAUGUUAGUUCGGUUCCCAUAACUUCUAUCGGCAGCUAUUACUGCGCGGAAGCACUUCAAAAUCCAAGCUGGAGCCUAUCGUUUGCCAUCAAGACUAUUCAGCAACGAACUGAAAACUUUCGUUCGUUGUUGAAUAACUUCGUCAUUUACGUACCUGCUGUUUGUGCCCCGGCACCUAGUCUCCAUAUAUCGCACCCACAUCCUUCUCGUUAUAACGAGGAAAGAGAAACAGACGAAGAGAUUCAGUUGACACUCAAAUCCACCCUGAGGAUGCUUCAUCCGAUUAUCUCGGCGAUGAGUACGCAGUUUCCCGAUCCUCGCCUGAUCCAAUAUGACUGUGGUAAGCUGCAAACCUUGGACCGAUUGCUGAAACAGCUCAAAUCGGGCGGUCAUCGAGUUUUGAUUUUUACUCAAAUGACUCGGAUGUUAGACGUACUGGAGGCGUUCCUAAAUUAUCAUGGUCAUAUUUAUCUGCGUUUGGACGGUACGACCAAAGUUGAACAGAGACAGCUUUUGAUGGAACGAUUCAAUGGUGAUAAGCGUAUGUUUGUGUUUAUUCUUUCCACUCGAUCCGGCGGAGUUGGUAUCAAUCUGACCGGUGCGGAUACUGUGAUAUUUUACGAUUCUGACUGGAAUCCUACCAUGGAUGCACAAGCACAAGAUCGGUGUCAUCGGAUCGGACAGACAAGAGAUGUCCACAUAUACCGUCUGGUCAGUGAGAAGACCAUCGAGGAGAACAUCCUUAAGAAGGCCAACCAGAAGCGUAUGCUCGGUGAUUUGGCAAUAGAGGGUGGUAAUUUUACUACUGCCUAUUUCAAAAGUACCACCAUCCAGGAUCUUUUUGCGGUUGACAAUGUUGAGGAAGAUGCGUCCGCACGGCUAGCUGAAGUUAUCGAGCGAGAAAAAGAGCGCAAAGAACGUCUUCAACAGAGUUUAGCUGUUGCUAGUACCUCGGCUAGCAAUAAUAGCGCUGCUGGAUCCGCCUCAAGUGCUCCACUGGAAGAAACCAAGUCGGCUAUUAAUGUAUUCGAAUCUGCGCUUGCUGCAGCUGAAGACGACCAAGACGUACAAGCUGCCAAGUUUGCCAAAGCGGAGGCAUCCGCAGAUUUGGAAGAAUUCGAUGAAAAUAUCCCGAUAGAUCAAGAACCGCGCGAGCGAGAACCAGAAAUGAGCAAGGCCGAGAAGGAGGUUCAAAAUCUUAUUAGUCAGCUAAGUCCCAUCGAAAGGUACGCUAUGCGUUUCGUGGAAGACACGGAAGGUACUUGGACUGCCAUUCGGUUAAAGGCUGUCGAGGCGGAGAUAGAGCAGCAGAAGCGCGACUGGGAAGCCAACCGGUUGGCACAACAGAAACGAGAAGAGGAAGCAGCUCGCCAACAGGAAGCCGAAGAGAACGAUUUACUGACGUUCUCUCGCGAGGAUGCCCAGAAUCAGGUUAAUAAAUCUAGCUCUAAAUUUAAUUCUAGCUUGACUGGAGGUAAACUGAACAAUAAUAAUGUUAGUCGAGAGGGCAAAAAAAUUAUCCACCGAAGGGUUGCACUGGUAAAAAAUUCUCACAAAGGUUUAUUGGGUAAACGGAAGGAAUCGGUCAAAGAGGUGAAUGAAAGGGGAAACUGUAGGGCCAGGAGCAAAUCAGUCCCACCUUCUAUGGCUAGUAAAAAAGCUAGGAGAUUAGCAAUUUCGAAGCAAAGCGAACAAUCAGUGAAUUCCGUACUCAGAAAAAGAAGGGAAAGUGCACAUAACAAUAAUGUUAAGUCAGUAGAUGCUCCCAAGAAACGGUUGAAGAAAAGUCCAGGAAAGCGAAAUGCUAGCUAUAACGAACAUAAGGACAGGAGAACUGGCGAUUCUGAGUCAUUGAAAAAUGACGAAACAGUGAAAGAGGCUAAGUGUAAUGAAGAAUUUGAUAGUGAAUGUAGCUUGGAUGUAAUGAUCGAUUCGAAUGAUGCGCCGGACUCGGAUUCAAACCAGAUGAAUAAUUAUUAUUCAUCUCAGGACGAUGAAUCCGGCAGUCAAAGUCAAGACGACGUUGAUCACAAAAUAGCGAACAAAUCAGCUUCUUAUGUGAAGUUGUCUGAAAGCGGUACAGGCGAAGAUACGGCCAGCACGCCACGCACGAGAUCUCGUGGUUCGGUUAAGAUCAAUCUAUGGACUUUAGAUGACAGCCCCAUCCUUCCAGCUAUCAAAAGGCCUAGAACAGCAGAUAAUUCUAGGAGUAGGAAAAAUACAUCGUCAGAGCAUCAUACGCACAGUAAUGAAAUCCAUUCACAAGAAAAUUCUUCAGUUUUGCUUAAUGAAACAACAAAAACGAUCGAAGACAGUGCAAAUGACGUGGAUGAGAGCACAAACCCAGCGAACGACACAGUCGAUAUUAGUGACAGUGUAGAAACAAAUGUGUGCGACACUAUCAAAGAACUGAAAAUUAUUGUCACCGAUGUGAAACAAAUGAAGCAUGCUAAAGUGUUGGAUGGAUUUUCAACAGCACAUCGAACACCUUCGCCAAAAUCUAGGAAGAUGAAAAGGCCCUGUCCAAAGUCGGCUAAUAAUCGCACACUAGAUAGUUGGGUAUCUAAGACGUUGAGAACAAGUACCACAACCAGCGAGAAUCUGAUUCCAACAACAAAUGAUAAAGCCUCUUUGCAGAGCGGGCGAACGACACGUGCGUCGGCUAAAGUAGAAGGGAUUGGACCUAUUGAGAAUGGCGAAGUGUGAAUUUGACAGCUUUGUUAGUCAGUUUGUAUAUAUGAGAGAGUAACAAAAACACAGCUAAAGUGAGUGUAUGGCGAAGAAAGAACGUAAAACUCUGACAAAAAAUCAAGUUCUAGCCGUACAGUUGCCGAAUGUAGGGAAAGUUCAUGGUGGGAAGACUUGUCGUUUUGUGAUAAGUCUAGCUAUUAUCAAAAAUGUACAUUCAUAUAUAGUGUGUAAAUACCAGCGCCAUUUUUUUGCUGAGCAUAUUAUGUACUUUUAUUUCCUACUGUUUUGUUUUCAGUUUUAUUUAUUUGAUUCGCAAUUACUUUGCCAAGUAGUUGUAAGCACAGACAGCCAGACGUGUUAUUUUCGUCUGUAGGGGAACGAAAACAAAAAUAAAUUCGUUUGUUGAAUGAAAUAAAUCGACUCUGCUUGUAUUAUUAUGGCUGGGAAAUAUCGAUUUAUGCAUUGCAGUGAAAGUAUCAUUCGUUCUUCGAACGUGAUUGAGUCCAAUGAAAAAAAAACUAGAAGAAACUAUUUCUGUGAAAAAAUAGGAGAUAACAAAUUAACUAGCAAAAAAUAUCAGGCCGAUUGAAGAAUGGAAGUCUAGGUUAAUCUAUAGAAGAUUACGCUGAUCCCAAUAGAACCUUAAAAUCCUCUUGAAUAUAAAAUCGCGCUAGAUGACGUUGACUGUGACAACAAAUGAACUAUUAAAAUUGAUAGAAUAAACAAUUCCUUGCUGAAAAAUAUGAGUUGAUUUUGUUGCCAUUUUUUUCUUCUCGAAACUGUUAGUCAUGCAUCACAAACGCGGCUUAAAUUUACUAUCCCUGGCAAAUCAUCUGUGGAAAGGUCUGUAUUUCGGUGUUUUGGUGUCAUUCAAAGAAAAGCA